AUGUCCGGAAGAGAGUCGGUCAAGUUGCGAGACACGACCAGCCACCAGAGCUUACGGUGCAACUUCAAAUCACAUACUUUGUACGUGGAAAACGGCAUGUCGCAAAGUAAAAAUCUCCCCAUUCCACGCGAGCAGGCUUGUCGUGUCAACGCCCUCUCCGCCCACAAUACGCAAACAGCCCGCAGGGUUUUUGUGAAAGCACGCACGAAUUAA